GCGGAGCGAGGCCAGGGUAGGGUGAGCGGCCUCCGAAGCGGAGCUGGGCUCUGAAGAGACACUUUUUUUUUUUCCUCCCUCCUUCCCUCCUCUCCUCCUCCCUUUCCCUUCCCCUCUCCUCCCCUCUCUCCUCCUUCCCCCCUCGGUCUGCCGGAGCCUGCUGGGGCGAGCGGUUGGUGUUGCAGGCGCUCACUCUCCGGGGCCGCCCGGCGGGUAGCUGGCGGGGGGAGGCGGCAGGAACCGCGAUGGCGCCUCAGAAGCACGGCGGUGGGGGAGGGGGCGGCUCGGGGCCCAGCGCGGGGUCCGGGGGAGGCGGCUUCGGGGGUUCGGCGGCGGCGGUGGCGGCGGCGGCGGCGGCGGCUUCGGGCGGCAAAUCCGGCGGCGGCGGGGGCUGUGGCGGCGGCGGCGGUUACUCGGCCUCCUCCUCCUCGUCCGCGGCAGGGGCCGCGGUGUUACCAGUGAAGAAGCCGAAAAUGGAGCACGUCCAGGCUGACCACGAGCUCUUCCUCCAGGCCUUUGAGAAACCAACACAGAUUUAUAGAUUUCUUCGAACCCGAAAUCUCAUAGCACCAAUAUUUUUGCACAGAACUCUUACUUAUAUGUCUCAUCGAAACUCCAGAACAAACAUCAAAAGCUUGUCAGCUCACUUGCAGCUUACAUUUACUGGUUUCUUCCACAAAAACGAUAAGCCAUCACAAAACUCAGAAAAUGAACAAAAUUCUGUUACCCUGGAAGUCCUGCUUGUCAAAGUUUGCCACAAAAAAAGAAAGGAUGUAAGUUGUCCAAUAAGGCAAGUUCCCACAGGUAAAAAGCAGGUGCCUUUGAAUCCCGACCUCAAUCAAACAAAACCUGGAAAUUUCCCGUCCCUUGCAGUUUCCAGUAAUGAAUUUGAGCCUAGUAACAGCCAUAUGGUGAAGUCUUACUCAUUGCUGUUUAGAGUGACUCGUCCGGGAAGAAGAGAAUUUAAUGGAAUGAUUAAUGGAGAAACCAAUGAAAAUAUUGAUGUCAAUGAAGAACUUCCAGCCAGAAGAAAACGAAAUCGUGAAGAUGGGGAAAAGACAUUUGUUGCACAAAUGACAGUAUUUGAUAAAAACAGGCGCUUACAGCUUUUAGAUGGGGAAUAUGAAGUAGCCAUGCAGGAAAUGGAAGAAUGUCCAAUAAGCAAGAAAAGAGCAACAUGGGAGACUAUUCUUGAUGGGAAGAGACUGCCUCCAUUUGAAACAUUUUCUCAGGGACCUACAUUGCAGUUCACUCUUCGUUGGACAGGAGAAACCAGUGAUAAGUCUACAGCUCCUGUUGCCAAGCCUCUGGCCACCAGAAAUUCAGAGAGUCUCCAUCAAGAAAACAAGCCUGGUUCAGUUAAACCUACACAAACUAUUGCUGUUAAAGAAACAUUGGCUGCAGAUCUACAAACAAGAAAAGAAAAAGAUAUAUCAAAUGAAAACCGACAAAAAUUAAGAAUAUUUUAUCAGUUCCUUUAUAACAACAAUACAAGACAACAGACUGAAGCAAGAGAUGACCUGCAUUGCCCUUGGUGCACUCUCAACUGCCGCAAACUGUAUAGUUUACUCAAGCAUCUUAAACUCUGCCAUAGUAGAUUUAUUUUCAAUUAUGUUUAUCAUCCAAAAGGUGCUAGGAUAGAUGUUUCUAUCAAUGAAUGUUAUGAUGGCUCCUAUGCAGGAAAUCCUCAGGAUAUUCAUCGCCAACCUGGAUUUGCUUUUAGUCGCAAUGGACCAGUAAAGAGAACACCUAUCACACAUAUUCUUGUGUGCAGACCAAAACGGACAAAAGCAAGCAUGUCUGAAUUUCUUGAAUCUGAAGAUGGAGAAGUGGAACAGCAGCGAACAUAUAGUAGUGGCCACAAUCGUCUAUAUUUCCACAGUGACACCUGCUUACCUCUCCGUCCACAAGAAAUGGAAGUAGACAGUGAAGAUGAAAAAGAUCCCGAAUGGCUAAGAGAAAAAACAAUUACUCAAAUUGAAGAAUUUUCUGAUGUUAAUGAAGGGGAGAAAGAAGUGAUGAAACUAUGGAAUCUCCAUGUCAUGAAGCAUGGGUUUAUUGCUGACAAUCAAAUGAAUCAUGCCUGUAUGCUGUUUGUAGAAAAUUAUGGACAGAAAAUAAUUAAGAAGAAUUUAUGUCGAAAUUUCAUGCUUCAUCUAGUCAGCAUGCAUGACUUUAAUCUUAUUAGCAUAAUGUCAAUAGAUAAAGCUGUUACCAAGCUCCGUGAAAUGCAGCAAAAAUUAGAAAAAGGAGAAUCUGCUUCCCCUGCAAAUGAAGAAAUAACUGAGGAACAAAAUGGGACAGCAAAUGGAUUUAGUGAAAUUAACUCAAAAGAAAAAGCUUUGGAAACAGAUGGUGUCUCAGGGGUUUCAAAACAGAGCAAAAAACAAAAACUCUGAAAAGCUCUAACCCCAUAUUAUGGACAAACACUGAAAUUGCAUUCUAGGGAAUUCGGCCUCUAAGAAGAGUUGUGCUUUUGUUUUUUCUUUUUAAAUCAUAGGUUCCAAACAGGCAAUGUUAGAUGAAGUAAAUGAUUUCAACAAGGAUGUUUGAAUCAGGCUUCUACUUCACUUCCUUAUGCAGCAUUACAUGUGUAUCAGUUUUAUUGAUGUUAUUAAAACAUUUUCUAGUUUGAGCAUGAAAAGCAAUAUUUCAAAGAAAAUACCUUUAACUGCAACAGUUGUCUUACAAAUAUAUUAAAUCUAGAAAUUAUUUCAUAAAUUGUAAUGCUUUUUGCAUUUAUGAUGGGCAGUUUUUCUAUUUUGUAAUUGUGAGACAUUUUCUUGGGGAGGGAAAAUUGGAAUGUUAUUUUUUUUUUAGAAAUUGAAGAUUUUGUCAAAUUGUUGCAUUACUACUUGCAAUCAAACCUUGAUCCUUGGUUUUUGAAAUCAUUUAUCAAUUUGGAAUGAAAAUUGCAAUGUAAGAUAUACAUUAUAUAAGUUAAUUUUACAGUUUUAAAGUAGCACUUCUUCAUCUUAUGCCUGUUUGAGAAGAUGUUCAUCUUUUACAUUGUUGUCAGUGAAGUGUCAUGUUGGUUUAUAGGGGUUAAUGACCAUUUGUUUUCAUGUGGAUUUUAGUGCAUUGCUCAUCCAGUGUUUUUUUUAAACUUGAACAUUUUCUCAUUUUGGGUUUUUUUUUUUUUCACUUAGGUAGUAACAUGAAAAAUUCAGCUGUACACAUUUUUUCAUUAGGAUUCUAAAUGAAAGAAAGAACAAGUUUGAGAUUUUUAAGAUGCCACUUUGAAAAGGGAGAGGGAGUGUUCUAAAAAAUCAAACCAGAAAAUGUUAUACCUUUUUUUUUUUCGUUCCAAGGAUGUUUUUGUAAUGUAUUACAUGAUUAGAAUAUCCAAUACAGGUGAGCUGACUUGAAUUAUUUUGAGCAAUUUUUCCCUGUGUUAUGUGUUUUGCGCACAUAUUUGCGGUUGGAUUUUCUCCAACAGAAAGCGGUUUCACUACUGGCACAUUAAUAAGCACCAAUAAGUUUAUUCCAACUCCAAGCACUGUGGUUGAGUAACAUCACCUCAAUUUUUUAUUAGCCUUUAGAGAUAUUGCAUUUUCAUAUUCUUUAUUUAUAAAGGAUCAAUGCUGCUGUAAAUACAGGUAUUUUUAAUCUUUAAAUUUCAUUCCACCACCAUGAGAUGCAGUUCCCUAUUUUGUUUAGUGAAGGGAUAUAUGAGCUUUCUAAUGGUGUUUUCAGAAAUUUAUAAGUGUAAAUACUGAUUUGAUUGGUCUUUAAGAUGUGUUUAACUGUGAGGCUAUUUAACUAAUAGUGUGGAUGUGAUUUGUCAUCCAGUAUUAAGUUCUUCGUCAUUGAUUUUGUGUUAAAAAAAAAUAGGAAAGAGGGAAACUGCAGCUUUCAUUACAGACUUCUUGAUUGGUAAGCUCUACAAAUGACAAGUUCCACUAAACUCUCAUUUUGCCUCUGAGUAGUGGAUUUUGAGCAUUUCUCUUGGGCUUUAAUUUGCUAAAGCUGUGCACAUAUGUAAAAAAAAAUAGAUUAUUUUAGGGGAGAUGUAGGUGUAGGAUUAUUGCUUAUGUCAUUUCUUAAGCAGUUAUGCUCUUAAUGCUUAAAAGAAGGCUAGCAUUGUUUGCACAAAAGUUGGUGAUUCCCUCCCCCAAAUAGUAAUGAAAUUACUUCUGUUGAGUAAACUUUUUAUGUCAUCUUAUAAUAAAAGCUGAAAAAAAUCCCUUUGUUUCUAUUUAUAAAAAAAAUGCUUUUCUAUAUGUACCCUUAAUAACAGAUUUUGAAGAAAUCAUGUAAGAUGGUAAAGCAUUUGAAUGGUACAGUAGAUGUAAAAAAAAAUUCAGUUUAAAAGAACGUUUGUUUUUACAUUAAAUGUUUAUUUGAAAUCAAAUGAUUUUGUACAUAAAGUUCAAUAAUAUAAAAA